CAUUUCUCGCGGCAGUCCUCCCUGGGUUCAGUUCCGCGCUUCAUGGAGGCGUUUGACUCCGCCGAGCUGCCCGAGCUGCUUAAGCUUUAUUACCGGAGGCUCUUUCCCUACGCCCAGUACUAUCGUUGGCUCAACUAUGGCGGAGUGGUAAAGAAUUACUUUCAACACCGUGAAUUUUCCUUCACAUUGAAAGAUGAUAUUUACAUUCGUUACCAAUCCUUCAACAACCAGAGUGAUCUGGAAAAGGAGAUGCAGAAAAUGAAUCCGUACAAGAUUGAUAUAGGCGCGGUAUAUUCCCACAGACCCAAUCAACACAAUACAGUGAAGCUGGGAGCUUUCCAGGCUCAGGAAAAAGAACUGGUGUUUGACAUUGACAUGACAGACUACGAUGAUGUGAGGAGAUGUUGUAGUUCUGCAGACAUAUGUUCUAAGUGCUGGACCCUCAUGACGAUGGCCAUACACAUCAUUGACCGAGCAUUGAAGGAGGACUUUGGAUUUAAACAUCGUCUCUGGGUAUAUUCUGGAAGGAGAGGUGUUCAUUGCUGGGUCUGUGAUGAAUCAGUUAGAAAACUGUCCUCUGCAGUACGUUCUGGGAUAGUUGAAUAUUUGAGUGUUGUAAAGGGUGGUCAAGAUGUUAAAAAGAAAGUUCACCUAAGUGAAAAAAUUCAUCCUUUUGUCAGAAAAUCUAUAAACAUAAUAAAAAAAUACUUUGAAGACUAUGCCUUGGUCGAUCAAGAUAUUCUUGAGAAUAAAGAAAGCUGGGAUAAGAUUUUAGCCCUUGUUCCUGAAACAAUGCAUGAUGAACUUCAACAAAGCUUCCAAAAGCAUCACAAUUCACUUCAGCGCUGGGAGCAUUUGAAGAAAGCAGCCAGCAGAUGUCAGAAUAACAGCAAAAAUGACAAAUGUGGACCCUGGCUGGAGUGGGAGAUCAUGCUCCAGUACUGUUUUCCACGACUGGAUAUCAAUGUUAGCAAAGGAAUCAAUCAUUUACUGAAGAGCCCUUUUAGUGUUCAUCCUAAAACAGGUCGCAUUUCUGUGCCUAUUGAUUUACAGAAAGUGGAUCAGUUUGAUCCAUUUACUGUUCCAACCAUAAGUUCCAUUUGCCAUGAAUUGGAUGUUAUUUCUACUAAAGAAGAAGAAAAAGAGAACGGAGCUGAAUCUGAUAUCAAACAUAGAACCAGAGAUUACAAGAAGACCAGUCUAGCUCCUUUUGUAAAAGUUUUUGAGCAGUUUCUUGAAAACCUGGAGAAAUCUCGAAAAGGAGAACUUCUCAAGAAGAGUGAUUUACAAAAAGACUUCUGAAGAUAACAACUCCCUUUUUACCAAUGUGGAUAUCUUCUCCCUUCAACCAAGAAUCAAAUACUUCAAGAGCCAUUUAAUAAAUAUAGCAGAACUGUGUAUGUGUCUUAAUGCUCAAAGCAAAAUUUUCUUUUCUUGAAAAAUAAUUAUGUUGAAAAGAUUCCUGAGACCACCAAAGGAGAAUAUUUAGGUUCCUGGAAGGAGCAGUAAUGGGAGGAUAUAAGUGGAUUGCAGAUUAAUUUGUAAAAUUUAAUAUUAUAAUUCUAAGAUUUCUGAUAUAGGUACUCACUUCUACCAGUUGCCAUAUAUAGAGGUAAGUGAGCAGUAAUAUGCCCAAGACUUUGAUGUCAGUUCACCAGAUUCAGCCUCCGUAUUUCUAGGUGAAUGAGCGUUUUGUUCUUAAGUCUUAGACACUUCAGUCAAUUAUACCUGGAGUGUGUAUUCAGUCACUCCCUAAUUUUGCUUACUGAUAUUUUUAUUGGUCAGGCCACACCCCGCUGCUUGUCUUUUAAAGAAUCAUUUUAAAAUGAGUAUCUACACCUACUAAAACUUUAGUUUUAGUUUUUAGAAAAAAUAACCAACUUCACCAGCAUAAAACCUUUUGUACUUGUCAAAACACUUGGACUCUCUAUAUCUCCAGACACUUAAAUUUAAUUUUAAAGGUUUCAUUUCUUCUGUAUUUGAUUUUGUGUGAUAGAUUCUGAAGUGUCAGAUUUCUUUUGCCUGGUUUUACAACCAACCUAACAAAACAGUCAUUCUGGUUUACAUUCUGUCUUUUGAGAAACACUGAGAAGCAAGCUAUCAGGCUGGUGCUUUCCGUGAGUUAUGAAAAUUUUCCUUCCUUUGCACUACCUAUAACAUUGUUUUCUCCAUUGCCACAGUCCUUUUUUUUCUGAUUUAUAUAAAACAGAUUCUAUAAUACAGUUAACACACUGAAAUGCCUUUCUUUCUCUUUUCUAAUUUUUUAAGAAAAAAUAUUAAAGACUUGUGUAAAAUUCCU